AUGGAGCGACUCGGCUGUCUUUCAAAGUUCUUGAACAUGAUCACCCAGAUGUAUGAAGAUCAAUGUGGCCAAGUUAGUCACAAACGUGAUCUCUCAGAGCCCUUCUCGAUCACCAAGAGUGUAAAGGAGGGUUGUGUUCUGGGACCGACUCUUUUCGUUAUCUUCUUUAGCAUGAUGCUCAAAGAAGCCGCAAAAGAUCUUGAUGAUGGGGACGCAAUCUAUAUCAGAUACCGUUUCGAUGGUGGCCUCUUCUUUAUUUUUUCUAAUCAAUAUUUUAAUUUUUUUCAAAUCAACCUAUUUUUUUCUUUCAUUCUUUCUUUUAUUUUUCUUUCUUUUAUUUUUCUUUCUUUCUUUUCUUCAUUUCAUACUUUCUUUUAUUUUUCUUUCUUUUUUCUUUCUUUCUUUUAUUUUUCUUUCUUUCAUUAUUUCUUCCUUUUUUCUUUCAUCCUUUUAUUUCAUUCUUUCUUGUUUUCCUUUCUUUUGUUCUUUCAUUCUUUCUUCAGUCCUUUCUUUAAUUUUUUCUUUCUUUCAUUCUUUCUUUUAUUUUUCUUUCUUUUCUUUAUUUCAUUCUUUCUUUUUUUCUUUCUUUCUUUCAUUAUUUCUUCCUUUUUUCUUUCAUUCUUUCUUUUAUUUCAUUUUGUCUUGCUUUUCUUUCUUUUAUCCUUUCAUUCUUUCUUUCUUCAGUUCCUUCUUUAA